CAAUAUUACCUUAUGGAGUACGGAACAGCCACACUACCACAGGGCACAGCAUAUGAGUGACAUACUGACUCAUAUACAUAAUAUUACAUACAUUAAAAAAUAAUAAUAUAUCAUACGUACCUAGUACUCAAUAGGUACUAAUAGGUCAUACCUAUAGGUCAUUAUAAUAUUAUAUUUAUCUAUGCUAUAGGUACUUCAUAUGUUUUUAUAAUAUAUCUGUGCGAACAACACUACCCAACGAAGGAAACGUUAUGCGCGGUCCAUUAUGUUUUAAUAUUAUGUACAUAUUCCGGUGUGGAUAUCGGUUGUCCGCGGUCUGCCCGUCAUCGGGUCGAGCAGUUCACACUGUCAAAUUCCAGCAGCGACGCACUCGACCCCACCAGGACCAGAAUUUCCAACGAUUGUGUGGGUCACGUCAGUGGUCCAAUAACAUCGAGCAGCAAUUGAAGGUAGUGUCGGACAACCGCUGUUUCGGCGGACAGCAAAAGGUCUACGAACACUACAGGUCGGUGGUAACUCGCAAUGCUGCACUGGCGUCAUUUGAGGUGGUCAAGGUGGGCAUUUGCCCCUGUGGCCCCGUCUGAUUUUAAAAGCAGCUCAAUGGGCUAGUUGUUGGUGAAAAAGUUGCCAAUUAUCAAUAAUCCGUAUAUUUUUCAUAGGAGUUAUCAAAAUCUAAAAACUGAAAUUUGCUAUAGCGGAAAAUAGAAAUAACAAAUAUAGAUAUUUUUAUACUUAUGGAAAACAGAAUUGUCGAUUUUGGCAGAAAAGUGUAUCAUCCUUAGGUAAAUUCUACAUGAAUAUGCUGAUUCCUGUUUCCCCCAAAUUCGAAAAGUGUACCUUUUUUUCCACUUUGAGUGUAACUUCCCCCUUUCCACCAAUACUUGUUACCAUAAAUUAAUGAGAUAUUGACCACUUUUUCACUAAAACAAUUUUUUUACCAUUUAAAGUUAUUAUACAAUAAGUUUAUUUAAAAUACUAUAAAAUAUUGAAAAACAAUAUAACAAUAUAUAUUACAUUUUAAUAAAAUCAUUUGUAUAGCAAAUUGCUAUUAUCAAUGAUGAUAGAACUGAGUACCGGUACUGAGGUCUUGAAUUGGUCGUGUACCACGUACGUAUCAAUAUAAAGGGAAAUUACCGAAUAAUAACAGCUUAAACCAGAGGUAUUUAAACUUAGUAAGUUCAGGUUUGUUAACAUGUUAGUUUUAACAAAUAUUUAAAGCCAAAAACUUGGGUCAUUGAUUUUGAAGUUUCAAUUCAUCUAAAUGCAAGAGAAAGAUUUCAUUAUUUAACUAUUGUUGGAUGUCAUUUUUAUUUUAGUCAUGGUGUGAACUUUUACCUUUUUCAAUUUUCAAUUAUAAAGACAUAACUAUAGGUGAAGAAAAAUUCAAACAGUAGGCCUUGUAAUCGAUUACACAAAUAAAUAAUCUAAGAUAGAAAAAUGGCUUGAACAAUAGUUUUGGUCUUACAUUUCUGGAUCCAAAUGAAGUCAAAUUAUACUUGAAAUAAGAUUUUUAAAAUGGCAAAACAUAUGAUGAACGAAUUUCAAAGCUUGUCAAUUUUUUAGAAAAUAUUAUGUCCAUGAAAAAUGAUCCAGUAUUUUUGCCCAGUCUUGAGCUAAGAGAGAAGGGACAUUGGAGAAAACAACAAAUACCUAACUUGUUGAAUUUCCAAAUGAGAUUUGCUGUGUAUGUACCAGAAAAUUUGGAAAGACCUGCUCCAGUCUUAUAUCAUUUGGGUGGUAUGUUAUGUUCCGAACAAACAUUUAUACAGAAGUCAGGGUUUCAACGAUGGGCAGCACAUUAUGGAAUAAUCGUAGUGUCACCAGAUGUCUGCCCUAGGGUUAAUUUAGGUGUUGAUAAUAAUACAAUUGAAGCUAAUGGCGAGUCAUAUUAUGUAAAUGCCGUGAAAAAACCAUGGAGCAAAAAUUUCCAAAUGUAUUCAUAUGUUAACGAAGAGCUACCUAGUAUUAUUCAGGAGAAUUUUAAUGUCAAUAAAGACAAGCAGUCAAUCAUGGGUCACAGUAUGGGAGGUCAUGGUGCAUUAAUAAGCGCACUUAAAAAUCCUGGCAAGUUUCGUUCAGUUUCAGCUUUAGCUCCGGUUUGUAAUCCAUCUCAAUCACCCGGUAUACAAGUUAUACUUAAGUGUUAUUUUGGAGAUGAUUUAAAAACAAUGGAGAAAUGGGAUUCUACCUGCUUAGUAGCUGAUUAUAAAGGACCAGAGUUAAAUAUUCUCAUACAUCAAGGAUAUAAUGAUGUUCAUAAAGAUGAUUUAGGAUUGGAAAAUUUUAUAAGCGCUUGUAAAAAGGCAGGGAUUGCAGCUUCAAUAAAUAUAGAAGAAGGAUAUGACCAUGGUUUUUAUUUCAUUUCAACUUUUAUAGAACAGCAUUAUCAUCACCAUGCUAAAUUUUUAUGUGACUCUUAAUAAUUUAUUAAAUUGUAUGUAUUUUUAAGUAUUAUUUAAUUUAUAAGUGGUAUGUUAAAACUUAUAUGUUACCAAAAAAACCUUACCAAACUUAAUUUUAAUUUGCAUAAUUAGAAAAUUCAUGGAAAA